UUCAGCCAAAAAAUUUCACCAUAUCAACGAAAACAGGAACAUGUUUGGUAAAAGAAAAACUUGUGAAACGAAAAAAAUUUCACUCACGCUCGGUAACCAAAGAAUUAAACUAUUGCAUGUCGAUGCAUUCCAAUAGAUACGUGGCUACUCUUAUUGUUAAACACUGACCUUGAAUCUCAGUGCCCAAACCAAUCAUGAACAACUAACUAUCCAUGGCACGUAAUUUGGAUAAUGUAUGCAAAUUAUGCAAAGCUGGAGUUGUUUUAUAGAGAUACAGAGAGAGAAGACUGAAUUUAGCGGAGAAAUUAUCCGACUUUUGAAUACUCGUUGACCAUUCGCUUGUUACUAUACCGAUGGUCUAACGCCUGCAAGAGAUGACAUCAUUACGUACACCUACAUAUAGAUAAAUAAUUAUCAAGUCGGGAAACCGUGGGGCCUGUCGUACCGUCAAGACUACGUCACUUCACCAAGUUUAUUGACACGAACAGCGGAUCGAUCGCGUAUCAAUAAAACUUUCAAAUCACUUCGGUCUUCCACGUGAGUAAUCCUUGGUUUAUCAGUAUGCCCUGACAGGCCGGUCGCGAAUAAUUGAGACCCCAAUUACUAUAAUUUGUUCACACUGUGCAAACAACUGUGAUGCAACAAAGGUGGAUGCACCGAUGAGGAGCAUGGUUUACACGUUUUUAAGCAUCGUAGAUGGAUCACGUACACUCCAACGUGACAACUGCAACCUCACAUAUUUGGAUCUUACCAAACAAUUACGCAAAAUCAAUUGCAUAGGAUUUCUUCUUUCGUUUACCAUACAGAUACGAUUCGGGGGAAUUGGUCAAGUGAUAUGCCACGCACUUUGAAUUACAUUACUCUACAUUACAUUGCUCCAAGUUCUUGGAAAACCGGAUCCAGGAUGAGCUUUUCCUGUGAACAAAAUCACCCAUCGAUUAUCUUACACCAUCUUCGGAGAUUUGGCUUUCAAUUUUUAGUUCUAAGCGCGCAACAUGCAAUGGUGAACGGACCAUGUUACUCGUAGAUUCGUCGAGCGCUAUCGCGCUAGUCGUCAGGUAAAGCAAUUAGAUGGGGCCUUAGGAGUGGGAUGAAAUCCCAAAGAAACAGUAAAGGUACUGAACCAGUGUAGUGCACUUCGCGGCGACUGGUUAUUCUUACCGCGUUUGUCUCUUACAAUCUCACAUCCUAACAUAUUCACCAGAAUGUCUUUGAAACUAGAAUCAUGCAGCAAGGAAGAGCUGUGCCUCGCGGUAGGCGGUAGUGAAAAACUAUUAUUCGAACUUCGGGAUAGAUUGAGAGACUGGCUCAAGAUGCAACCACAUCUUCCUCAAGACGCGUCCGACGAGAAAUUGGAAUGCUUCAUCACCGGGACAAAGAUGAGCUUGGAACGAGCAAAAGAGAAAUUGGAUAUGUAUUAUACUAUAAGGCGACUCAUACCUGAACUCUUCGAAUCCAGAGAUCCCCGAGGACCCAAACUUUCUGCUUUAUAUGGGAUAAUGCAGUACGUGUGUCUUCCAAAAUUAUCGCCCGAAAAGUGCCGAGUCUGUAUUCUACGGCCAACCGUUAAUGAUGUGAGCAAAUUUGAACCCUGGGAACUUUACAAGUACAUGUUUAUGGUGGGUGAUAUUCGAUUGGACAUAUGCCGAGCCUUCGGUAACAUAUUUGUAUACGAUUUUGCGUUGGUAAGCAUGGGUCACCUGAUGAAAUUAACACCCGUACUGCUCAAGAAGUGCGAAACCGCGUCAUCUGCCUAUGUGGCACGAAUAAAAGGAAUCCACUUCAUCAAUGCACCGCCCUUCAUUGAUCGCAUGGUCACCAUGGUCAAGUCGGUAAUGAAGCCAAAACUUGCUGCCAGGGUGCACGUUCAUGCCGUGGGUGAUUUGGAAUCAUUCUAUGAAUACGUUCCAAAAUCUAUACUACCAAAGGAAUAUGGUGGUGACUAUCUAACCAUGGAUAUCAUAUCUAAUCAGUGGCUCCAAGAAGUAGACCAAUGGCGAGACUGGUUCAUGGAACAGCAGAACGUUUUAGCGGACGAAAGCCUUCGCCCCGGUCCAGCGAUCGACGCAGACAACUUAUUCGGAUUUUCCGGGUCCUUCCGAAAACUGGAAGUCGACUAGGACCCGACAAUUCAUGCUAAGUUUUGCAUUUUGUACAUAAUGUAUGCGUAAUUGUAUCACCGCGUUAGGAGACUAUGAAAUUAUCGCUACCCGAUAUUGCACCACUGCUUUGGUUGGGGAAAAAAGUCGAGGGUGCCCGAUUAUUGAUCCGAUAGAUGACGUACCUUGGUACAGUUUACACAUGGGGUUAUCAUUCCAAGAGUAUUUUUCGGAAGCGGAAAGUAAUGCGAUGAUUUCUAGAAAGGAAAAUUACAAACCAAGGGAUGCAGUAAUUCAAAUUUAUAAUGGAACAGUGUCACGCCGAGUAUAACAUUUUUCCAUUCCGAUUCAAAGCUAUGUGAAUUAGGCAAGUUCUGCACCAAGGCUACAUAAUAAAUUCAUAUUUCAAAUGUAAUUGUUCGUUGCGAUAAGAUUAUUACAAUUGAAUGGAACUUUGUUCGUUUUGAACAAUUAUACAAAUACUCGAGACAAAAUUCGAAUCCUGAAGUAAUAAUCACGCGAGUCACAUGCACUUACGCUAACGUAGUAAAUAAUUUACACUCAUACCUUUGUAUCGAUCAUUUAAAAAUUUGCAACGAUAUGUUGACAAUUGUAUAAAAUAUACGCGCAAUCAAACGAGUAUUUUUAAAAAAGUUGAACUCGUUACAUGUGUGAUACCGGGACGCAGAUUUCCACCCUUAGGCAGGUUUGACCCAGAAAUGGCACACCCGCACUUCGACGCGAUUCGUUGGCAACACAAAACUGACGGAAUCCAAAAAUUUCGCUAUUCUGGUAUUUUUGUUUCAAAAAGCCUGCGGAGACCCACGGCCUACAAAUUAUUUGAUGAAUGAAUUUAAAAAAAUAUGAAGCGCGAAAUUGUUCGACUAGACCGAACGGAUCACUUUUUACGCUCAUUUAGUUCCUGCAAUUUCUCUUGCAAGAAACGGGAUGUAACGGUGAGUGGGAAGUUCGGUUGACCGUGUAAUGCACCGCACGACAAGUCGCGCGUCGAAUCUAAUCUUGACCCGAUUCGCAACAGUCUUAUUCCCGUUAUUUUCUGCAAAAAAACAACCUGCCUCAAGUUUAACAUGCGUUCUGCGUUAAAACCUAACAUAUUCCUGAUUUCCCUCAACUUUAGCAAGUUAAAGUACACGUGUACACGUAGACCUACUCCCAUUAGGGAAAAUAAAAAUUUUAUGAAUUUUA